CAAUGGCUAUUUCGUAAGUAAAACUAACUCAGUAUGCAGAAAAUCAAUACUACAUUACUGAUCUCUAUCUAGGAACAAAGAUUACUAUUAUCAUACUGGUUAGACAAAUAUUGAGGAUUACACCAUUUGUUUGAUUCGCCCGGAUACAACAUACUUGACCUUAAACAUGAGGUCUAAAUUCCAGUCUAGUCACGUUAACUGAUGUCUGAAUCUGGUGUCCAGGUUAUUAGCCCGAUUAAAAGCUUUUUAGCUGGUGGGUUCGGUGGAGCAUGUUGCAUUGUAAUCGGUCACCCUUUCGAUACUAUAAAGGUUCGACUUCAAACAAUGCCUCACGUUACAUCAGGAGCAACGCCUAUGUAUUAUGGGACUUUUGAUUGUGUCAAGAAAACUGUGGCGGCUGAUGGCAUCUUUGGACUUUAUAAGGGGAUGGGGGCACCCAUAGCUGGGGUGGCCCCUGUAUUCGCCAUUUGCUUUUUCGGAUACAAUUUAGGUAAGCAGCUUUUCGCCAAGGAUCCAAUGAAUUUAAGGAAACAUGAAAUUUUGCUUGCGGGAAUGUUUUCUGGCAUUUUUUCAACCGCAAUCUUGGCUCCAGGAGAGCGUAUAAAAUGCCUAUUGCAAGUUCAGUCAAAUGCAAUUGGACCUUUGAAGUAUAGCGGACCGGUCGAUGUUCUUCGUCAGUUGUAUCGCGAAGGUGGGAUUCGAAGCAUUUUCAAGGGAACAGCUGCAACACUUCUGCGAGAUGUCCCUGCAUCCGGAGUGUAUUUUCUGAGUUACGAGGUAAUGAAAAAUGCAUUAAGGAAUCCACACUCAAAGAAUAAUGAAUUGAGUGUUGGUAAAACUCUCUUUGCCGGUGGUAUGGCAGGUAUCUUCAACUGGUUAAUAGCUAUUCCUCCUGAUGUUUUAAAAUCUCGUCUACAGAGUGCUUCUGAAGGUGUUUAUCCCAAUGGAAUUCGAUCGGUAUUCUCUGAGCUUAUUGCAAAAGAAGGAUUUUUGGGAUUGUAUCGGGGCAUGACCCCGGUUAUGCUUCGAGCAUUUCCUGCGAACGCUGCAUGCUUUCUCGGUUACGAAGUUGCAUUGAAGUUUCUGGAUUAUGCAUUCCCUGGUCUGUGAUAAUGUUUCGGUGUGAUCAUUUUAUUACAUCUUUCAGUUGACUUUGAAAUCGGGUUACUUUGGUCUCUAUUUUCAGAGUAGAAUAUUAUCUUCGCUUCAUGUACAUCUUUGCUUAAAAAUUUAACAAGAUCAGUAUUAUAGUUGAGAAACAUUACCAUUCUGUAAAUUACGAUUUUGAAAUUUUAUUUUACUAGCUACUGUGAAAUGCUUUUCAAUUAAUUGAUCUAUGAUAACUUAUUUGAUGUUUAAAAAUCCCAAUCAUAUUAAAAGACUAAUAUUUGAACG